CAUUUCAGAUCAUAUAAAUUCAUUAGAAAAUCGAAAGCAGCGGCAGAUUGAACUGCGAAGCCGCUAUGGACUCCAACUCACCGAAUUCAAGCAGCGCGUUAACUGACACGCGCUUCUCCGACCUGAAACCGCCUCUCUCCGAGCCGAUUAUCGAAGCCUUGUCUCUAGCUGGCUUUAAAUUCUGUACCCCAGUCCAAGCCGCCACAAUCCCGUUGCUAUGUAGCUUCAAGGACGUAGCCGUUGACGCCGCCACCGGCUCUGGAAAAACCCUAGCUUUCCUUGUCCCUAUCGUAGAGAUUUUGCGUCGAUCCUCUGCUUCUCCUCCCAAACGUCACCAGGUAAUGGGGAUGAUUAUAUCACCUACGAGGGAGCUUUCGUCGCAAAUCUAUAACGUCGCACAACCUUUCGUUUCGACCUUGUCCAAUGUAAAGUCUAUGCUUCUUGUUGGAGGUGUUGAGGUAAAAGCAGACGUCAAGAAAAUUGAGGAGGAAGGAGCGAAUUUAUUGAUUGGCACUCCUGGUAGACUUUAUGACAUAAUGGACCGGAUGGAUGUGUUAGAUUUUCGUAACCUCGAGGUUUUGAUUUUAGAUGAGGCUGAUAGGCUUCUGGAUAUGGGAUUUCAAAAGCAGAUAAAUUAUAUUAUAUCUCGCUUGCCAAAGCUUCGUAGAACUGGUCUUUUUUCAGCUACUCAAACAGAGGCUGUUGAAGAGCUAUCUAAAGCAGGACUAAGGAAUCCAGUGAGGGUUGAAGUUAGAGCUGAGAUGAAGUUACUAAAUAAUUCUGCUUCAUUUGAGCAAUUAUCUUCAUCAAAAACACCCUCUGGCCUUCACCUUGAGUAUUUGGAAUGUGAAGCAGAUAAGAAACCAUCACAACUUGUUGAUCUCCUUGUAAAGAACAAAUCUAACAAAGUUAUAAUAUAUUUUAUGACUUGUGCUUGUGUUGACUAUUGGGGAGUUGUUCUUCCGCAACUCACUGCAUUGAAGGGUUUCUCUUUAAUCCCUCUACAUGGAAAGAUGAAGCAGACUGCAAGGGAGAAAGCAUUAGCUUCAUUUACCUCUCUUUCAAGUGGCAUUCUUCUAUGUACUGAUGUUGCAGCACGUGGGCUUGACAUUCCAGGUGUUGAUUGUAUAGUGCAGUAUGAUCCCCCUCAAGAUCCUAAUGUAUUUAUUCACAGAGUUGGGAGAACUGCUCGGUUGGGUAGAAAAGGAAGUGCCAUUGUUUUCCUAUUACCUAAGGAGGAAGCAUAUGUAGAAUUUUUGCGCAUAAGAAGGGUUCCUCUUCAAGAGAGGAAAUGUGUUGAUGAUGCUUCUGAUGUUGUUCCUCGGAUAAGGUCUGCUGCAACAAAAGACCGUGAUGUUAUGGAGAAAGGGCUUAGAGCAUUUGUUUCCUAUAUCCGUGCAUACAAAGAGCAUCACUGCUCUUACAUUUUCAGAUGGAAAGAACUUGAAAUUGGAAAGUUAGGUAUGGGAUAUGGUCUAUUGCAGCUCCCUUCUAUGCCUGAGGUAAAGCACCAUUCACUUUCCACUGAGGGUUUCACUCCAGUUGAGAACAUCAAUAUGGAUGAUAUCAAGUAUAAGGAUAAAUCUCGUGAGAAACAGAGGAAGAAAAAUUUGCUAGCGAAGAAAGAACGAGAGCAGCAAGAAUCAAAACCCCAGAAGCCAAAAAAAGCCUCAAAUGCUGCAGCCUCUGUCAUGAGGAAGAAAACAGCCAAACAAAGACGUGCUGCCCAAACAAUUGAAGAUGAAGAGGAAUUGACCCGGGAAUAUCGUCUACUGAAGAAACUAAAAAAGGGGACUAUUGAUGAGAGUGAGUUUGCAAAGUUGACAGGAGCUGAAGAUUUACUUUGAAGUAUGUGAUUUGCAGAUUUGACUUGCCUGUUGGAGGUGUGAAUGCAUUGUGCCUGGGCUCCAAGAUUUUAUUUUAAAGGCAAGAUAUGAAAUUUAAACCAUUGUUAAUGAAGAGUUUCAGACGUACUGAUAGUUUUCUUGGGGGGACUACCCCUCUAGAGCUCUGAAUAAGUCGCAGCUGAUAUUUCUGCGAGGUACAAUUUUGCUAGUGAGAGCGAGCGGGAACUCUGGAACAGAGAGUGACUAGUAAGUUUUAGGAUUGAAGCUUUCUUCUUUCAUGCAUUUGUUUUGUUCAGUCAGUCACUAUACUGUUGUAACUUGUAAUGAAGGGCACCUAUCUGAAACAGAAUAUUUAUAGAUUUGAUUUUAGAAAUGCAAUUCUGAAUCGAAGAUAAUUCUUUUAUUGGUUCUGGAAUUUGGGUCUUAAUAGGCUACAUGGAGUCAUUGGAGGAAAUUGAUAAUUUCCCAUGUAGUUUCUUCAAAGAACGAAGAAAUGGUAGUAACAAGUAAAUGCAAAAUAUCAUGUAUCUUAGCGGUUUGCCUACCAAAUUAUUUCUCUGCUGUGAAUAAAGGGUUAUCUAAGUCAAGUCUGCAUAAAUCUUCUACCACGAAGGAGCCUUUGACAUCAAUGCCAACCCAGUCAUUACUCAGGAUUUGGCUGAACAUUGAAUAUGCCAACGACUAAAUGUCAUUGGCUGAAAGGAAGAGGGUCAAAUGUUCUAGUGAAGCAAAUGCCUCAGAUAUCUUGUUGAAGUCAUAUUAUAUUUAUUUGGAUAAUGUCACGGAUUCAACACUUCAAUUUUUAAAAAAUUUUUUUAUAUGUAUUUGAGACUGUAAGAGAUAGAAGGGAUUGGAAUGAAUAGCCUUUCCUACCUUCAAG